GUCAUCAAUUAAACUUGUAUUGAUAUUUUUCAGUUUGAUUCAAGUAAAUUAUUUAAAUUGUGAUUUUGACUUUGAUUUCAUUUAUUGUAUCCUAAUUAAUGAUUAAUAUUAAUCAUGAAUUCACAUAAUAUUUUUCACAACAAUUUAUUAUUAAUAUUAAACAAUCAAAUAAUCAAUAAAAUUAAAUCAACAAUAAACAUCAAGUUGUUUGAUUACAAAAGUUGAACUGUUAUUAAUAUAAUUAAAUGCUCAAUUCAAUUCAAUCACCUAAUUGUAACAAUCAACUAAUCAAGACCAACAAAUCAAUGACCAAAGAUAAUCAUUAUCACCAAAAUCAACACAAUCAACAUCCCAAUAAACAAUAUCAACAUAAUCAUAAUCAUAAUCAUAAUCGUAAUUGUAAUCAGAGUCUUAAUCCUAAUCCUAAUCCGUAUCAUUAUCAUCACAAUAAUAAAUCAGGUGAAAGUAAAAAAUCAUCAACAAUUAGUUUAAAUAUUCACGAUACAAAUGACAUUCGUUAUUCACAAUCAAAUACACAAUUACAAUUAAAACGAUUGUCUUUAAGUGCUUCGUUAAUUGAGAUCUACUUUGGGAAACAUUAUCGUUCACCCGAUGUCCUUGUUGUCUCUGGAUUUAUAUUGAUCUUAAUUGGAUUAGGAGCCAUUUUGAUUAGUGUUUAUGUUUAUUUCAAUGAAGAUCAAUUUCAAGAAAUGACUUUUCUCGGUGGAUCGGCAAUGAUGGCGAUCGGAUUCAUUUGUUGUUCUUGUCGAAUCAUUUUCUUUGGUCCUCAUUUGCUUAAUUGUUGUCCAACAAUCAAAUCCUCCACAACAAUUAACACUUAUCACAAUCAAAGAAGACCAACUAAUCCUCCUUUUUUCACCGCUGCAUCAACCGCGAUGUCCACAGUCACUUGUAUUGGUGUUAAAUUCAAUUCCAAUCAAUCAACUGAAAAGCCAAUCGAAUCUUCAUCGAAAUCAAUUGAUUCAAAUUCAAUUCAUGGGAAUACCAGUAGUUUAGAAUCAAUUGAAACAAUUAAAGAUGAAAUUUGUGACCAACAAUCAACUAAUCAAAUUGAUCACAAUCAUAAACAUAAACAUAAUCAUGACAUUGAUCAUGAUCACAAUUAUAAUCAAAACAAUCAAAACAAUCAAAAGAUAAAAACAAUUAACCCAAUCAUGUUACAAUAUAUUUCCAAUUUAGGAAAUAAAUCAUCAUGAUUAAUCAAUUUCCAUAAAAGUAAAUUAAUAAUCAAAAUUAAAGAAAAACAAUUAGAAUAUUUUCUUUGAUCAAUUAAAAAGAAUCGAAAGAAAAUAUCAACUACAGUUUCUAAACUUUUCUCUUCGUCAUUUCAUCCAAUCAUCUCAACUUUAAUUUUCGUUUAUUUUUAGAAAAUUAACUGUUAAUUAACUCGCAAUAAUUAACUUCUAAUGAUGAGAAUCAAUUGUGGAGCUUUUUUAAAGAAGGCGGUUCAGGAAAUGACGACAGAGAAAAAAGAAAGAGAAACAAAAAUAAAAGAAAGAAAAAAUUCUCUUUCUGUUUGUUUCGUUUUGUUUUUCUUGUUAAUUGUCAAUGAAAGGAAACAAAAAGAGUUUAAUUCAUUUAUUUCAUGAUUAACAUUCAAUUCAUUUCGUUCAAUUGAUUCUCUUUAAUAUUCUAAUUCAAUUCAUUUUCAUUUCCAUUUUCAUCUUCACUUUAUUUUCUUCACAAAUUCAUCAGAAUGGU